ACCCAUUUUCCUCUCUCCCCUCCCGCUCCUUCACUCCAUUCGAAAUUCGCUGACCUCUUCAAAUCGCCGAUACCAUCCAAACCCUAACCUCCACCGCCCUUCCCUCUCUCCCUCUCUCUCUCCUUCUCCGUCGUCGCAGCCUAGAAGGAGGACCAGCCGCGGUCACCCACUUGCGCCGCCGAAGUAGGGUUUUCAGAGCUGUACUCGCCGCCGCGUCAUCGGCGCCGAUUGGAGUGAGGAAAAGAAAUGGCCAUGGAGAUCACUCAGUAUCUAUUAGCAGCUCAAUCAGCAGAUGCAGGAUUACGUACUCAAGCGGAGUCUUCUCUGAGGCAAUUUCAAGAGCAAAACGUUCCUGCUUAUCUUCUGUCGCUGUCAGUUGAGCUAGCCAACAAUGAAAAGCCAAUUGAAUCCCGGAGGUUGGCUGGUAUUGUUCUGAAGAAUUCCCUGGACGCUAAAGAUGCUGUUACAAAGGAACAUCUUGCUCAACAAUGGAUGACUGUUGAUAUUGCUUUUAAAUCCCAAAUCAAGGAAAGGCUGUUACUGACACUUGGGUCAUCUGUGCGAGAGGCAAGGCACACCUCUGCUCAAGUUAUUGCCAAAGUUGCUUCUAUUGAUAUCCCCCGGAAAGAGUGGCCUGAGCUAAUUGGAUAUUUGCUCAAUAACAUGACUAAGGGAGAUAGCUCUGGUGAUUUGAAACAGUCAACCUUGGAAACUCUUGGCUAUAUAUGCGAGGAGAUAUCCCAUAGUGAUCUUGGGCAAGACGAGGUGAACUCUGUUCUUACAGCUGUUGUGCAAGGAAUGAACCUUGCUGAGAAUAGCCCUGAAGUCCGUCUUGCUGCAACAAAGGCUCUAUAUAAUGCCUUGGAGUUUGCUGAGACAAACUUUCAAAAUGAGAUGGAACGAAAUUACAUCAUGAAGAUGGUCUGUGAAACAGCACUGUCGAAGGAGGUGGAGAUUAGGCAGGCGGCUUUUGAGUGCCUUGCUUCAAUUGCUUCUACAUACUAUGACGUGCUUGAGGCAUACAUGCAAGCUCUAUUUGAGCUUACUUCAAACGCUGUAAAGGGGGAUGUAGAGCCUGUUGCCCUCCAAGCGAUUGAGUUUUGGAGCUCCAUUUGUGAUGAAGAAAUAGAACUGCAAGAGUAUGACACUGAUGAUGUCGGGGAGUCUGGGUAUCCGCAUUCACGUUUCAUAGAAAAAUCUCUAUCAUAUCUCGUUCCAAUGCUGCUGGAAACUCUGCUGAAGCAGGAAGAAGAUGUAGACCAGGAUGAUGGCAUCUGGAAUAUAUCAAUGGCGGGUGGGACAUGCCUAAGACUUGUUGCACGAACUGUUGGUGAUGCAGUUCUUCCUCUGGUGAUGCCAUUUGUGGAGGACAACAUCGGGAAACCAGAUUGGCGAUGUCAGGAAGCAGCAACAUUGGCAUUUGGCUCAAUCCUUGAAGGCCCAUCCAUCGAAAAGCUAUCUGUACUGGUCCAUUCAGGUUUAGAUUUCCUAUUGAGGUUGAUGAAAGAUGGAAACAAUCAUGUCAAAGACACUACUGCCUGGACUAUCGGCCGUAUAUUUGAGUAUCUGCACAGUCCUGCCGAUGGCUUUUCUGUCAUCUCCUCAGAUAACCUUCCCAAAGUAGUGGAAGUAUUGUUGGAAUGUAUUAAGGAUGCUCCAAAUGUUGCUGUUAAGGUUUGUUGGGCAAUAUAUAAGCUUGCUGAGGGGUAUGAGGAUGCUGGAAGGCACUCAUCGCUGUUUACCCCUUAUAUCCAUAGGAUCAUUGAAGGUCUUCUCUUUGCUGCCAGUCGGACAGAUGUGGAUGAUUCUAGAUUGAGGUCUGCUGCUUAUGAAUCAUUGAACGAGGUAGUGAGGUGUUCCAAUGUGAAAGAAACAUCACACAUUAUUAGAGAACUACUCCCUGUGAUUUUACAGAAGUUGAGUCAGACUUUAGAGCUUCAGAUUGACAAGGAAAAGCAAGCCGACUUGCAGGCUUCUCUUUGUGGUGUCCUCCAGGUUAUAAUCCAGAAAGUCAGCAGUGCUGAUGAUUUGGAAACCAGGUCUAUUAUAUUAUCUCAGGCAGAUCCGAUAAUGCUUUUGUUUCUUAAUGUCUUUGCUUGCCGAAGCUCUACUGUGCAUGAGGAAGCAAUGCUUGCUAUUGGUGCCCUUGCUCAUGCUACUGGACUUGAGUUUGCCAAAUACCUUCCUGAAUUCUAUAAGUAUUUGGAGAUGGGAUUGCAAAAUUAUCAGGAAUAUCAAGUCUGUUCUAUUACAGUUGGUGUAGUUGGUGACAUUGUUCGUGCCUUGAAUGACAAGGUAUUGCCGUAUUGUGACGGGAUCAUGCAACUUCUUUUGGCAAAUCUUUCCAGUGACACUAUUGACCGGUCUGUCAAGCCUCCAAUAUUCUCUGUCUUUAGUGACAUAGCUCUCUCAAUAGAGGAGAAUUUUGAGAAGUAUGUUCCCUAUGUAGUGCCAAUGAUGCAGAGAGCGGCAGAGGUUUGUGCUGGGAUGGACUCUAAUGAUCUUGAUCUACAGGAGUACGGCAACCAGCUGAAGUGCAGUAUAUUUGAAGCUUAUUCUGGUAUACUUCAGGGAUUUAAGAGUUCAAAGUCUGAGGUCAUGUUGCCCUAUGCAUCACAUCUCUGGCAGUUUAUUGAACUGGUUUUGAGGGAGCAAAACAGGGAUGUCCAGCUGACAAAAGCCUUAGCUGCUGUGAUGGGUGACCUUGCAGAUGUUCUUGGCACAAAUACAAAGGCGCUGUUUGGGGACCUGAAAGCCUGUGCAGACUUUUUGGGUGAGUGUCUUGGAUCUGAUGAUGAUGAUUUGAAGAAAACUGCCACUUGGACCCAGGAUAGGAUUAAGAGCAUCCUUGUUUCAUGAGUCAAAGCUCCUGGUUCAUUUGUAAGUACUGAUGACCUCAGUGAAUCCCAAAGGUCCCUAGGAAGGUAGGAGUUGCAUAGAUUUUGUAUGAAUAUCCCCUUUGCAUUCUGGGCGUAAGUUCUGUGAUGUUUUUAGUUUUCAUCUUUCAAGUUUUAAGAAUCAACUCUAUUGGUCACCAUGGAGGUAGCCUGUUAUUAUUCUUAUUAUUAUUGUGGAACUCUGUUUAGUGUAAUAGAUCAUCCACUGAUCAGUGGGUUUGAGUCGGCG